AUAAAAAAACAUCCCAGCUGCAGCCACAUCCAUAAUGACUGCAACAACCACAGCCUGACACAGCAUUAUCUGUUGCAGCUGUAUGCCUGACUGAAGGGAUCUGUGCGUGUUAUUCCCCUCCCUGACGAUAGAGGGCACUGGGAUUUAAUACUGUGUCCACAGUGAGGUCGCAGGGCGGGGCUCCGGCUUGUGUAGUACGUGUGCUUCACUCGCAGCAGUUAGCUUGCGACCAGUAAGCUAACACUACAGCUGAGUAGAAGUCGGAAUCAUGGUGCUGCUUGAAAAUGAUUCGUUCCUCACAGAGCUCACACGGCUGUUCCAGAAGUGCAGAACAUCUGGCAGUGUUGUCAUCACGCUAAAGAAAUAUGACGGGAGGACCAAGCCAGCACCCCGAAAGGGCCACGCAGAGUCAUUUGAACCAGCAGACAACAAAUGUCUCAUCAGAGCAUCUGAUGGCAAGAAGAAAAUUAGCACAGUGGUCAGCACCAAAGAAGUAAUCAAGUUUCAAAUGGCAUACUCCAACCUCCUUAGAGCUCACAUGGAUGGACUUAAGAAGAAAGAUAAGAAAAACAAAAGUAAGAAAACCAAAGCCACCCAAUGAGCAACAGACUCUUAUAACCAUGGGUACCUAAACUGGCCUGUACUAUCUGAGGGAAAUGGGAAAGGCCUCCACUUGGUCUGUCGCCACACUCAGCUUACUUCCCGUUAACCUGAGGCCUCAGAAUCACUGUUCAUCCACCCGGUGACUGCUUUGAUAUUAUGCCAUUGUUUGCAUGGUCAUGUCUCAUCCCUGGCCGGUCAGUGCCAUCGGUGAUCUGGAACAGAAAACCUGAGGAUUUCUCGUAACUCAUACAGGACGAAGCAAAUCAACUUUAUUGAAUCUCCGCCAUCUCUGCUUCGGAAACCAGGUCAUCAGCGGCUGUGUCACCAUCUGGAGCCAAAUCCAUGGAGUCCAAUGAUUCUUGCCUUUCACACUAUUUAAUUGUUAAGAGUCCCUAUUUAUGUUAUAUUCACGGCCAACCUGUGAGCUGUGCUGCGGUGAAUCAAUUCAACUGCGUCUUGAGAAGAAAUGUUUAAUAUUCUAGUCAUUGGAAAUCUUUUUUUAUUAUUAUUAAAAAAAUCAUUGAAAUUACUGUUAAAUUGCUUGGAAAUACAGAACAAAAUAAUUUCAUCUAUUUUUUUUAACCCAUUUUACUGGAUUCAUUUUUUUUUUUAAAUUUACUUUAUUCUGUUUUUAUUUUACCUUUUUUGAAAUACAAUGAGUAUUAUUUCACCUCCUUGUUUUGAACCACAGUUCCAUACCAAGCUGUCGAACUGGCCGUCUUAAAUUGUUAAACACCAAUAAAAUGUACUGUAUAGCUUCAGUUACUGUGGUUAAUUGAAAUGUGAGUAAGUUACCUUUUCUGAAUGAGUUAAAUAGCACAAACGAAACGUUAAGUCGUAGAUUUACUGAAAGGCAUUGAGUUUGAGUUAUGAAUACAGAGACAAAGUAUUGGCUGUAAUAAUGCCAUUUGUUAAUUACAAUUACAAGGCAGGUUUAACUACAGCCAGUAUAUUUUGUCAACCAUUUGUAUCAUCUCAUCACGCUCCUGAGUCCUGCAGCAGAAUUUAAUUUCAGAAAUAAAGUGCUUUGUUAAAAGUCA